AUGUAUUCCUCAAAUACCUCCCUCAACGGCAAUGACCUACUCUCGUACCCUAACCAACCAUUUUGCUUUAGGCCUUUUUCCUUUGAAAGCAACCCAACCAUUUCUUCAAAAGACCAAACCAAUUCCAAUUACGCCCUUCCUCCUCCUCCUCCUUUCUCCAUUCUCCAAUCCUUUGAUGAAAAUAUCUUUCUCGAACACCACCAUGACUUGCUCUUACUUCAUCAGUCUCUAGCUGAGCCUGGACUCCCCAAAAACCUUGACGUUGCGGCUGAAAUCGCGGCAAUUCCUUGCGCCGGACAAGGUGGCGCCACCGCCAUGGAUCACACUACAAGGAAGAGAUCCAGCAAGAGAGACCGCCACAGCAAGAUCAACACAGCACGAGGCCUCAGGGACCGAAGAAUGAGGUUGUCCCUAGAAGUUGCAAAGAGAUUCUUCGGCUUGCAAGACAUGCUAGGCUUUGACAAGGCCAGCAAAACCGUUGAGUGGCUACUAAACCAAGCAAAAGUUGAAAUCAAACAACUUGCAAGGGAAAAAAACAGUGUUGGUGGUGCCAAGAGUGCAUCAUCAACUUCUGAAUGCGAAGGGGUGUCUAGCUUGGACGAGGUUGUAGUGAGUGGAGUUAACGAGGAGCAAGAGAGGGAGACACCCCACAUGAAGCGAAGAACUAGUAAGGUUUGUAGAAAGAGUGCAUUCAAUCCUAUAGAUAAGGAAUCGAGGGGAAAGGCAAGAGAAAGGGCGAGAGAAAGAACAAGAGAGAAGAUGAGGUCUCGGAGAGUACUUGCUGCAGAUGCUUCAAACCUGAACCGUUUGAGUUCUUGGAAUCCCUUUGAAACGGUUGAAGACUCUGCGGGUACUCAGAGCCAAAGCGUGAAUCGCCCCUCCAUAGAUGUUCACCUUCCUGAGGCUGAAGAACCAAGUUCUCAGGCAAAGGAGCAUUUGGGAACCGUGGAAGACAUGGCGCAGCAUCAAGAUAAUUCUUUGGUGAUCAUGAAUAAGUGGAGCCCAACCAUGAUGUUCAAUUCUCUCAACAACUCGUCAAUCCUUCAAGAACAUCAAUAUGCAGAAUUUCAGUCCUUGGGAAAACCUUGGGAAGCCUACAACGAUCACAUCUAG